AUGGGCGACCAAAUUUAUGAAAUAAAAGACUUGAGUGAAGCUCAAAAAAAUAUUAUCAAAGCUUCCGUUCCAAUACUUCAAAAGUCAGGCGAAGCAUUAACGGCUAAUUUUUAUUCUUAUAUGCUUGAAAGCUACCCCGAAGUAAGGCCUUUCUUCAAUAAAUCUGACCAAAAAAACUUAAGACAACCUAGAAUAUUAGCGUACGCUUUAUUGAACUAUGCCAAAAACAUCGAUGAUCUUGGCCCGCUUUCAGGAUUUGUUAACGACAUUGUUAGCAAGCACGUUGGUUUACAAGUAAAACCGGAACAUUAUCCUAUCGUGGGAUCAUGUCUCAUCGCAACGAUGGGGAAAAUGCUUGGAUCAACAAUCGCAAAUACCGAUUUCGUUGAUGCUUGGUCGACUGCCUACGGUAAUUUGGCGCAAAUACUAAUAAAUGCCGAAUCUGAAAAAUACAAGCUUAAUACUUGGGAUGGAUUCAGAGAAUUCAGAGUUACUCGAAUAGUAAAUGAAGCAGAGAAUGUUAAGUCCGUGUAUUUCACACCAACUGAUGGUGGCAAGGUACAAAUUCCACAAAGAGGUCAAUAUGUGUGUAUAAGAUGGAAAGUGCCAGGUUCAGAUUCAGAAACGAGUCGGGAAUAUUCACUUUCACAGUUUCCACUCUCUAACGAGUACCGUAUUUCUGUUCGCUUACUCGAUCAAGGUAUGAUUUCUGAAUAUGUGCAUAAGCAAAUGCCCAUUAAUACUAUUAUCAGAGUUGCCCCACCAAGCGGCCUAUUCAUAUAUCAAAAUAAUAAUGAAGCUAAUGACUUGGUUAUAUAUGCCGGAGGCAUAGGUAUUACGCCGUUGAUUUCUAUCAUAGAUUUUGCUCUAAAGAAGGGACGUACUGUGAAGAUGUUUUACUCCAAUAAACUGGUCGAACAAAGACCUUUCUCAGAUUGGUUCUUAAAACUUAAGAGAGAAAACCCUGACAUAUUUUUCUUGACAGAGUUCUUUUCUCAGGAAAAAGAUAAUGAAAUUCAAGCAAUUGAUAGGAUAGUAGCUCGUCGUCUACAGCCUCUGGACAUUGAUUGCGUGGACUUUUCAAAAACCCAUGACUUCUAUUUGCUUGGUCCUCGUGGGUAUAUGAAAUUUGUUCGAAAGGAACUUCAAAAUAGAGGUGUCAAAGAAUCCGAUAUCUUCUCUGAAGUAUUUGGUCCUUUAGAUGUCUGA